AUGUCAUCUUCUUCCUCCAACAAUAGAAAUCCAAAAGUGGUAACCCUAAGGAGCUCCGAUGGCAUCGAGUUUAUUAUUUUGGAGCGUGUGGCCUUAAUGAUGCAUAUGAUAAAGUUGGUUAUCCAACACCCAAUAAUAUUACCUCCGGCUGUGAUUCCUCUUAAAAAAAUUGAUGGUAAGAAUCUCGCUAUGGUUAUAGAGUACUGCGAUUGGCAUUCUCGGCCCGACCCCGUGGAGGAGCAUUCCGAUAGUUCAGAACCGUUAAUCUUGAGGAAUAUGAAGAUAAAGAGUCUUCAUUUAAAAAUCUCAAAGAUCCACAAGUUGAAGAAACUCGAGUUUGAAUUAUUCAAGAACCUUGACAUAAAAGAAAUGCUAGCUUUAGUAUACGCAGCAGAUGAUCUUGGGGUGAGUGGACUCUCAGAUUCGGUUGCAUUACACUUGUUAGAAGAUCAAAAGUUCUCUAUAUGA